AUGUUCCAACCUCCUAGACUGAAUUCAGACACUCUGCAGCAGCUGGCUGUAGUUGUGUAUGAAGCUCAGGACAAGGACUUGACUCAGUCGUUCCUGGAGAAGCAUUCAACCCACAACAUCACUGUGGACCUCUGGAAGAACCGGCUCCUAGAGAAGAACAGCUCAGAUCUUCUCCCCUUUCUGGGAAGGGUUACUCUCAAGAGGUUCAGUUCCAGCUUUGUAAAGUCCACCAUCAGACAGAUCUAUGACAGUAGAGACAGUGACUGUGUGUCCAGUUUGUUGAGGUCUUCAGACCAUUGGAUCAACCUGAACAGCAGAGAGCUGGACAGAGUGGACUGUUCCGCUCUGUUUUUUACCCUGCAGCACAGCCACCAAGUCAAAGUCAACCUGCUGUGGACCUCCAUACCACCGGGGGAGAUAGAGAGCAUCCUGCCUCUUCUGGACAGAGUCUCCCAACUCAGUGUUGACAGGAGGUUACUGCUGAGUUUCCUCCUGUGCUGUGGUGCCUCUCAGAUCCAGCAGGGGGCACCAUCAUCACUACCAACAGCAGUAUGGCUGCUCAGGUCUCUGCAACACAGGCUGGACUUGUCCUGCUCCUCCUCUGUGGACCUGUCAGCUCAGGGCCAUGGGGAGGCUCUGUGUCUGACUACUGACCACUGCAGGGCCAUCAACUCUGUUCUGAAGCAGAACCAACACGGCACCCAGUUGGUUCAGAACCAGGUCCAGCUCAUCCUAAGAGACUGUGAGGUGGAGGACAGAGCACUGAGGGAGCUGCUUCCCAUCCUGCAUAUUGUCAAGCUGAGCCCCAGCAAAGCUCUGCUACUUCAGUUGCUGGACCUUGUGUGUGAGGGGAUUGAAGAGGGGCUGCUGAGGCAUGCAGAGUCCCUGUGCAGAGCCCUGGAUGGGGAGCUGGACCUCAGUGAGACUAGGCUGGACCAGAAGGCCUGUGGAUCUCUGGCCCUGUCAGAACUGGACCUCAGCCACUGUCAACUCACAGACCACCAGCUACAGCCCCUGAUCACACACCUGCAUAAAGUACAAGUCCUGGACCUGAGCCACAAUGACAUCACUGAUGCUCUGACUGACAGAAUUCUCCAACUGGUCUCUACCAACACUUCAAUACACACCAUACGACUCUUCAACAACAGAAUCCAGGACAGAAGACCCUUCCUGACAGACAAGAGGUUUGACAUCUGGUGAAACAACAUCAGGUCUUAGUUCAGGAAGAGAAGGCUGAAUCCAGGACAGAAGACCCUUCCUGACAGACAAGAGGUUUGACAUCUGGUGCAACAACAUCAGGUCUUAGUUCAGGAAGAGAAGGCUGAAUCCAGGACAGAAGACCCUUCCUGACAGACAAGAGGUUUGACAUCUGGUGAAGAUAAUGCUGAAUAAUAACAGGAUAAUGUGGUCAAUGUAGAAGGCGGGUUUGAGAUCUGGUGAUGAUAAUGUUGUAUAAUGACACUAAUGUGACAAUGUAGAAGGCUGGUUUGAGAUCUGGUGAUGAUAAUGUUGUAUAAUGACACUAUAAUGUGACAAUGUAGAAGGCUGGUUUGAGAUCUGGUGAUGAUAAUGUUGUAUAAUGACACUAUAAUGUGGAACAUAAACUGAUGGAACAUUUUAAUACAAAAGACACACAACAAACUGGUUGUUCCAGCUGGAACAGUCCGAUCAUGUAUAAACUACAGUCAACAGACUCAUUAAAGAGAUUCUCUGAUA